GCUCGGUUCUGGGAGGAGGUAGCCUGUGACUCGGAGACGGUGACUCAGAGGCAGAGCAGCGCGCGGGCCAAGGAGCAUUGGCAUCCAUGGACCCUGGGGGCCCCCUCAAGACAAGGUGACAUCCCUCCCCUUCCACCCUGCUGUACCCUCCUCAGUAGGGAGUGGCCUCUCCUUCAUCCAUGGACUUCCAAGAGAGGGACAGCCCCUCACUGGCUGAGAGUGCUCAGUCCUCGAAGCCCAGCAGUGCCCAGCAGGCCUCCGAGCUGUGGGAGGUGGUGGAGGAGCCUCGAGGCAGGCUGGGAACAGAGGGCAUCAUGCCUGAGAGGCAGGAAGGCCACCUGCUCAAGAAGAGGAAGUGGCCUCUGAAGGGCUGGCACAAGAGGUACUUUGUGCUUGAGGACGGGAUUCUCCACUAUGCAACGACCCGGCAAGAUAUCACCAAGGGGAAGCUCCAUGGCUCCAUUGAUGUCCGGCUAUCAGUCAUGUCCAUCAACAAAAAGGCUCAGCGCAUUGACCUUGACACUGAAGACAACAUCUACCAUCUCAAGAUCAAAUCCCAGGAGCUAUUCCAAAGCUGGGUGGCCCAGCUGCGUGCCCACCGCCUAGCUCCACAUCUGGACAUGCCCAGCACCUCUCAUAGGAAGGCAAGAUGGGCCCCUUGGUGGGAGCAGGUUCCUGGCACCCAGCUUCUAACAGCAGGUAGUGCUUCAGCCCUCCCUGGAGUUGGACCUCGGGAGAAGGUGUCUUCCUGGCUGAGGGAUAGUGAUGGGCUGGACCGCUGCUCUCACGCACUGUCCGAGUGUCAGGGGAAGCUCCAGGAACUACACAGACUCCUCCAGAGCCUGGAGUCCCUGCACCGAAUCCCUUCAGCCCCUGUGAUCCCCACACACCAGGCCUCAGUGACAACUGAGAGACCCAAGAAGGGGAAACGGACCAGUCGCAUGUGGUGCACACAGAGCUUUGCCAAGGAUGACACCAUUGGACGGGUUGGUCGUCUCCACGGCUCUGUUCCCAACCUGUCUCGCUAUCUGGAAUCUCGGGACUCUUCAGGCCCCCGCGGGCUGCCACCCCCAGACUAUGCUCACCUACAGCGCAGUUUCUGGGCCCUGGCCCAAAAGGUACACAGCUCCCUCAGCAGCGUCCUGGCCGCUCUCACCACUGAAUGGGACCGACUAAGGGAGCUGCACCAGGGUUCAGAGCUGUCAAGGAUGGGGGUCUCUGAGGCCCCAGCUGGGCAGAGGCGCCUCCAUUCGCUCUCCAUCUCCUCAGACACCACUGCAGACUCCUUCAGUUCCCUCAACCCUGAGGAGCAAGAAGCUCUGUACAUGAAGGGCAGAGAGCUGACCCCCCAGCUGUCCCAGAGCAGUGUCCUGUCCCUUGCUGAUUCCCACACAGAGUUCUUUGAUGCCUGCGAGGUUCUACUUUCUGCCAGCUCUUCAGAGAAUGAGGGCUCUGAGGAAGAGGAGUCAUGCACCAGUGAAAUCACCACCAGCCUGUCUGAGGAGGUGCUGGACCUGAGGGGAGCUGAACACUGUCAGAAAGGGGGGUGUGUUGCAGGGAGAGCUGCAGGACCCCCUCGCCGCCGCUGCCUGCCAGCUGCCAGUGGGCCAGGGGCUGACGUGAGCCUGUGGAACAUUCUUCGUAACAACAUCGGCAAAGACCUGUCCAAGGUGUCCAUGCCGGUGCAGCUCAACGAGCCACUCAACACGUUGCAGCGACUCUGCGAGGAGCUGGAGUACAGCAGCCUCCUGGACCAGGCCAGCCGCGUAGCUGACCCCUGCGAGCGCAUGGUGUACAUCGCAGCCUUUGCUGUCUCUGCCUACUCCUCCACGUACCACCGGGCAGGCUGCAAGCCCUUCAACCCCGUCCUGGGGGAGACCUACGAGUGUGAGCGGCCUGACAGGGGUUUCCGCUUCAUCAGCGAGCAGGUCUCCCACCACCCUCCCAUCUCGGCAUGUCAUGCAGAGUCAGAGAACUUCGUCUUCUGGCAAGACAUGAAGUGGAAGAACAAAUUUUGGGGCAAAUCCCUGGAGAUUGUGCCAGUGGGGACGGUCAAUGUCAGCCUGCCCAGGUUUGGGGACCACUUUGAGUGGAACAAGGUGACAUCCUGCAUUCAUAACAUCCUUAGUGGCCAACGCUGGAUUGAACAUUAUGGGGAGGUGCUCAUCCGAAACACACAGGACAGCUCUUGCCACUGCAAGAUCACUUUCUGUAAGGCCAAGUACUGGAGUUCCAACGUCCAUGAGGUGCAGGGUGCCGUGCUCAGCAGGAAUGGCCGGGUCCUCCACCGACUCGUUGGGAAGUGGCACGAGGGACUGUACCGAGGUCCCCCACCAGGGAGUCAGUGCAUCUGGAAGCCCAAUCCAAUGCCCCCAGACCAUGAACGAAACUUCGGCUUCACUCAGUUUGCCUUGGAGCUGAAUGAACUGACAGCUGAGCUGAAACGGACGCUGCCUUCCACGGACACACGGCUGCGGCCUGACCAGAGGUACCUGGAGGAGGGGAACAUCCAGGCUGCCGAGGCACAGAAGCGAAGGAUUGAGCAGCUACAGCGAGACAGGCGAAGAGUAAUGGAGGAGAACAACAUCGUCCACCAGGCUCGCUUCUUCAGGCGGCAGACAGACAGCAGCGGCAAGGAGUGGUGGGUGACCAACCACACAUACUGGAGGCUGCGGGCUGAGCCCGGCUAUGGAAACUUGGAUGGGGCUGUGCUCUGGUAGCCCUGGCCCCGGGUCAGGAGGCUCUGGGUCCUCACGCCUCCUGGCCCUACCCCUACCAUGGACACAUGGGUGAGGCCAGGCUGCCCCUCACUGCCCUUGAGACCAAAGGGGCAGCCCUGGCAGCCCUCUCCCUUCUGCUGGCCAGAGGGGCUACAUCUCAGCCCAGCCCACCCCAUGGUUGGGGUGAGAAGCAGAAUUCAUGCUUCCUCAGUCUUGUUGCCCCCAACAACUGGCAUGUAAGACCCUUCUCACUCCAUCAUCCCCUUCCUGUCCCCCUGGGGGUGCUUGGGGGGAGACUCUAGGCUCCCCAGAUCCGCUCCCCAUUUCAGUGCCUUCCUAGGACACAGGGGACACCCUAAUGCUCCCCAGACUUUCUGUGCCCAGGGCGCUGGCCCCACUAUGAUGUUUGAGUGAGUGAAGGAGAGGAGAUGGCCUUUUUUCCCCACCUGCCCCGACUUCAGCAUCUUCUCCCUGCUGUGGCCCAGCAGGCCUCUCUCCAGCUUCCUUUGGCUGGUUCCUGGCUAACCCCUCCUCCUGCAUUCCUUUCUCCCAGACUGCAAAGCGCCUGCAGCUUAUAGCUCCUUUGCCCCUGAUCCUCCAGUGGUUCCUUUAGUCUCAGCUCAGCAGAUGCCCCAGAGUAGACAAGUCUCUCCAAGAGGCAGGGAGCAAGCUGAGGCGCCUGGCCUCAGGCCCAUGGAGGGAGUUAAGCAGGUGUGAGUGUAAAUUCGUGUAGGAGAACGUGUGUGUGUGUGUGUGUGUGUGUGUGUGUUCAUGGUAAAUUCGUGUAGGAGAACGUGUGUGUGUGUGUGUGUGUGUGUGUGUGUGUGUGUGUGUUCGUGGCCCUGUCCUACUUGCAGGCAAGCAGGACUCAAUGUAGCCUGGACGUCCCCCUGCUGGAUGUCCACCACCGUUGCUGCUCAUUUUCUCACAGUUUGCCUGAGUCAGGUGAAUUGCUACGACAUUCCAAGCUCCAAUAAAGACUG